UCGGCUUCUUCUCUCCAAAUAGGAGCUCCGACUCCAGGAGGUAUGUGGGAAUAUGGUAUUACGGGUCAGACCCUCCGAUUGUUGUUUGGGUGGCCAACCGGGACGACCCGCUCAUCGGCCUCAAUGCAUCAUUCGGCGUCAUGGACGGUGACCUGCAGUUGCGCCACAAAGGACCAGCGAUCCGGUUGAUCAAUGUCAGGGGUUCCAGCUCUUCAACUCUGGUUGUGAAGCUUCUUGAUACAGGGAAUCUAGUGCUGUUGGAAGACGACAGGAGCGAGACGGUCCUGUGGCAGAGCUUCAAUCACCCGACCGACACCUUCCUACCUGGGAUGCUGAUGAUCAACGGCUUCAACUUGACUUCUUGGGCAAGCCAGGAAGACCCGAAACAGGGGAUGUUCACGUUUCAGAGGGAUCAAGAAAGUGGCAGUAACGAGUACAAAGUAGUCCAAGACCUGUCUCCUUACUGGAGAAGUGGGGUGCAUGGCGACUUCAUACAAGCCGAUGAGAAUUUAUAUGCGAUCAUUCUUUUGCCAAAUGAUUCUCUGGGUUUAGCUUCCGGUCGGUUGGUCAUGAACCACACCGGCCAGAUUCAGUACUUCAGUUUGAAAAAUGGGACGGAGCCAGUCUGGUCCAAGCCAAAGGACAAGUGCAGCGUGCUCAAUGCGUGUGGCAAGUUUGGGAGCUGCAACAUUAUGAAUGGUAACGAAACCAUGUGCAGGUGCUUGCCAGGUUUCAAGCCGGCACAAUUGGAUAAUAGAACCCCAGUGUACUCCAGCGGGUGCCUCAGGAAGUCGUCAAAAUGCUGCGGGAAGAACAGCAACGGUGCUGAUCAUUUCUUGAGUCUGAAAAUGAUGAAGGUCAGGAAGUCAGACAUGCAGAUCCGGACCGAAAACGAGGAGAAAUGCAGGCAAAAGUGCCUCCAUGACUUCAGAUGCCAGGCUUACUCGUUCAUGGAGGAUCAGAGUCGAGCGGCAGAUACAUGCUACACUUGGUCAGACUAUCUCGACAAUAUUCAGGAGUUUGCCCGAGAUGGUCACGACCUCUAUGUCCGAGUGCCGCUUUCAGACAUAGAAUCUACUAACGGGAGCUGUGGAACUUGUGGCACUAAUUUAGUCCCCUAUCCUUUAAGCACGGGACAAAGCUGUGGCGAUCCACUAUACUCUGCAUUUAGCUGUGACAGUAUGACUGCCCAGCUUUACUUUGAACUACCCAUGGAUCGCUACAGAAUCACUAGUGUCAAUCCAGAAACUCGAAUAUUUACCAUCCAAGUCAACGAAAGAUUCAAAUGCAUGAGUGAGGAUCUAAAGAAAAUCAGUCAGCGGCUUGGCCAGUCCGGGCCAUUUGCUGUGAGUGGCGGGUGUAUUGGAGGACAGACUGACUUUAGCGCAGAUGCCUCCCUUGGAAGUGUCAGGUCGAGCGAAGUGAAAAUUGUGUGGAGGGAUCCAAAGGAGCCACUCUGCAAUUCAUCCAAAGACUGCGAUUGGCCUAACGCAACUUGCAAGAGUGCAUCAGAUGGAAUUACAAAGUGCCUCUGCGACUCGGGAUUCAGUUGGAAUUCUUCCAACGUCAGCUGUUCUCCGGCGGGAGUAGGUAAUAACGUUGAAGGAGGAGGAUCAUCGCAGAAAAGACAGAAAGUGAAACCUGUAUACAUAGUUGCUCCUGCGGUUGCUGCAAUUUUCAUCCUUGUAUUUGGUGGCUUAUUUUACAUGAGAAGGCAGCAUGGGAGCAGGGAAAGCACACUAGAAAUUCUUGACUUUCGUUUAUACGAGAGCGAGAAACGAAUCAAAAUGUGGAUGGAUUCAUGCCAGUUCGAGGAGGAAGAUAAGAAAGGCAUAGAAGUGCCAUUCUUUGACUUAGAAAUUAUUUUACAAGCGACAAAUCACUUCUCAGACGAGAACAAACUUGGAAGAGGCGGGUUUGGGCCUGUUUACAAGGCUACUUUUCCAAGAGGACAGGAAAUUGCAGUAAAGAGACUAUUGAGUGGAUCGGGACAGGGCUUGGAGGAAUUUAAGAAUGAAGUCGUCUUGAUUGCCAAAUUGCAGCAUCGAAAUCUCGUCAAAUUAGUAGGAUAUUGCGUCGAAGGAGAUGAAAAAAUGUUACUAUAUGAAUACAUGCCCAACAAAAGCUUAGAUUCUUUCAUAUUUGAUCGAACAAGGUGUUCCUUGCUAACUUGGGAGAUACGCUUUGAGAUUAUCUUGGGAAUUGCACGAGGAAUGCUCUAUCUCCACCAAGAUUCAAGGCUGCGAAUCAUUCAUAGAGAUCUCAAGACGAGCAACGUUUUGCUCGAUGAGGAGAUGACUCCUAAAAUUUCCGACUUUGGUCUGGCACGUAUAUUUGAGGCAAAACAAACUGAAGCAUGCACAAAAAGGGUGAUUGGAACAUAUGGAUACAUGUCUCCAGAGUAUGCUUUAGAUGGAUUUUUUUCUUUCAAGUCCGAUGUUUUCAGCUUUGGCGUUGUCGUACUGGAGAUUGUUAGCGGAAGACGUAACACAUGCUUUUAUCACUCUGAAGGAACACUGAGCCUUCUCACUCAUGUGAAUACAGUCCAUUCUCUGCCCCUUUCUUUUAUUUUUAUCCACUUUUUGUGGCCCUUUUCUCCGAACGUACUGAAACUUCAAUUGUGCAGGCAUGGGAAUUAUGGAAUGACAAUAAAGCACUGGACUUGAUGGAUCAAGUGUUGCACGAAACUUGCAACAAAGAUCAAGUCUUGAAAUGCAUAAACGUCGCGCUUUUAUGCGUGCAAGAUAACCCCAGCGAUCGUCCCACGAUGUCAAAUGCAGUUCUCAUGCUUAGUAGUGAAA